AUGUGUCCCACCCGGUGCGGCCAUGUGGCUAUUGUCUUGGUACUGGAGGAAUUUUCGGUAAAGACGUCAUCUAUGAAUGAACGAGUUAGUAUGGUACUCGAGCUUGGAAACCACACAGCCCAAAUACUGGCGAUUGUUGCCAACCAGACUGCGAAGGACGAAGCAGAUGCCGGCCAGUGGAAAUGCAAGGAGGUCGAGAGCAGUAAGACCAUGGACCAUCCCAAUGCCCCGAAAGACUUUCAGCAGGUCGAUUAUCUUCCUCGGGAGCCUGCGGAGGAGGAGUUCGGUACCAUUGACCGCUGCGAAUCUCGACUUCGCCAUUUCACAAAACUGGCGCUGAUCCUCAGCGACCAGGAAAACACCCGUAAAAUAGUGGCGAUGUAUGGGCGGGCGAGGACAAGAUUGGGUGGGGAAAUGAUCAAAUGGUUACUCCGGUCAACAUUCCGUGGAGCUGCCCUCCCCCCGAUUCUUGGCCGACAGCCCGUUUUCUCACACCGUGAGACGGACCGAGUGUUUGCUUUUGCGUGGAUAAGGAUUUCCAACAAUGGGCAUGGCUUAAACACGGGACAUGUCUCCGUCAGGGUAAUAGCUCUGGUCGGGAUUGCGCUGAGCCCCCCUCGCCCCUGGUGGCGCGAUUGCGGUGAAGUUCUCGACGCUCGAUGA